AUGGGCCAGAACGAGUCUUCGGGGGUGGAGAUGGCGUCGGAGGAGGCGGCACCCCGGCCCUGCGCCUUGGUGGUGGUCGGCCCCUCCGGCGUGGGCAAGGGGACGCUCAUCUCCAAGCUCAUGCAGAGCAGCUCCAAGUACGGAUUCUCCUGCAGCCACACCACCCGUGCCCCCCGGCCUGGAGAGAAGGACGGGGAGCACUACCACUUCACGACGCGGGCGGCGUUCGAGGCUGGCAUCGCGCGCGGCGACUUCCUGGAGCACGCCCACGUGCACGGCAACAUCUACGGCACCUCCGUCCAGUCGGUGCGCGAUGUGGCCGAUGCCGGUCUGUGCUGCGUGCUGGACAUCGACGUGCAGGGGGCACGGCAGGUCCGCGCGGCGGGGCUCCCCGCCCUCUUCGUCUUCAUUGCGCCGCCCGGCCUGACCGAGCUGGAGGCGCGCCUGCGCGGGCGGGGCACCGACAGCGAGGAGCAGAUACGCACGCGCCUGGCCACCGCGGCAGUGGAGUUGGAGAGCCGGGGGGAGGAGGGGCUGUACGACUACAUCCUGGGGUCGGACGUGCAGGAGGGGCCUGGCCGGCAGCCGCCCGAGUCGACGUCGGGACUCCGUGGUGUGGAACUGGCGACGAUAGAGGGGCCCGGCGCUGCGGGGGACGCGGCGAUACCGAUGCCUGCCGGUGCUGAGGAUGUGGCGACCGCGACGCCGCCCGCAGCAAGCCCCGCCUCCCUUGCGGUGCCCUCCGCUCCCGGGAGCAUUCUCAUGGUCCUGCACGCCGGAGCCCCGCUGGGCGCCGAGCUGUGCUGUCAGUUGGCGGCCGCGGGGGCGCGCGUUGUCGCCGUGGCGGGCGACGCCCCGCCCCUGCUGGCCCUGCAGGAGCGGGUGCAGGGCCUGGGCGCCGCCGCCGAGCACGCGUUCCUCCCCGUCGUAGCGGACCUGGAGCGCGAAGGCGAGGUGCUGGCGCUGCCCCGCAUCGUGGCGGAGCGCUGGGGCGGGGACGCUGCGGUGAGCGCGCUGGUGGUGUGCCCGCCGGAUGAACCGCCGGCGGAAGAGACCAGGCUCCUCGUGGAGGCGCCGGCCCAGGCCGCGGCCGCGGCGCUGGCGAUGGGGCUGGCGGGGCCGGCGGCCGUGGUCCGCAGCCUCGCGGCGGCGGGCGGCGAGGCGGCCGGACCGCUGCGCUUCGUCGCCAUCGUGCGGGAGCCGGCGCGCGGGGGCGGGUGGCCCGCGCUGGCCGAGCGCGCGCUGCGCCAGCUGGCGCGCCAGCUGGCGCAGGAGGAAGGGGAGAAGGCGGGCGAGGGCGCGCGUGGCCUGGUCGCGGGCACGCUGACGCUGGCCCGGGAGGAAGCCGUGCGCGGCCUCGGCGCCACGCUGCUGCACGGCCUGGCCUGGCCGCGGCCGGCGGUGGCCUGGGAGGUGCGGCUCAGCUAA